GUCUGGCAAUGCGAGACGAGUUUGUCAUUACAGGGUUGCCAGGUUGGAAGUGUUUUGUCGUGGGGGAUAGGAGGAUGCUACCUUACAAACCUGGCAACUUUGGCUAUGCGCUGGAUACAGCAGACAGUAUGGCGGACAGCGAAAGUGAUUUGGAAACAGACGGGCUUGAAUUAGCUCUGGACACACUGUGUGAUAGACACUGCAGCGAUGAGUCGUCUCUGAAGAGCAAAGGCUAUUGCUCUGAGUUUUGUGAGUUGGUUGAGGAAUACACAGGGCAAUGGCAAGUUCCUCUCCCUCAACUAAAGGUGCUGCGCACUGCACUCUGCAGUUUCACUAAAGCCACUGCUGCCUUCCCUGAUGACUGUCAGCACAUCCACUAUGUUCUCAGCAGUAUGGCCUUGAGCUUCUUUGAACUGAUGCUGUUUUUCAGCAAAGAAGAAUUUGUGGAAGAGCCUUUAAAAGACAUCCUUGAUUCCUUUCAGGAGUGCCACUCUCAGCUCCUGAGGCACAGGAACAUCUACCUUCAGCAUGUGAAGCUGAUCAUCAAAGCGGGAGGCCCGUGGGAGAAUCCAGUGCUGCAAGGAAUCCUGAAGGAGGCAGACUUGACACGAAAAGAGGUUGAAGACUACUUAAGCUCAGAGUUGCCAGUAUUCUUUGAGCUGCGGAUUCGCUAUCUGUGUGCCUGUGAACGGAUGCAAGAGGCCAUGGCCCUGGCUAAAAGCUGCCUGGAAAAUCGCGAGGCUGCAAAGCAUCUGUACUUCCAUCAGGUCUACCUGACCUGCCUCUACAAGGCCUCACUGCAUGAACACCUCCACAAGGAGAUGGCAGAGAUAGAUGGCCGUGAUGCAGUGGAGAUCAUCUGCAACACAGAGAGCGUUGAAAAAGAUGAGCUUCCAUUGUCUCUCUGUAAAGCUUUCCUCACCCAGCAGCUACACAAUGGAGACAUGUACUACAUCUGGGACUUGGUGUUCAUCUGGAGCAGGUUGCAUCUUAGGGCCCAUCCCUCCAGACAUGGCUUCCUGGGCGAGUGCUUGCAGUUGGCUUCUUUGGCUACUAACGCCAGAGCCAUCUUCCCCUUCAUCAAGCUGGUCACCACAGAGCUGGGGGUUGACGGAGUCCAGGUCUGUGUGGAGCUUUGUGCCAGGGCCUUGCAGCUGAGUGACAUGCAGGUAGACAGUGUAACCCGGUCCCUUAUCUGCAAGACCAUCGCCUUCCUGCAACCUCAUGACCUGGAGAUCUGCCGGGCGUGUGCCCUGCUGGUCUUCUGCCAGGAACGCAGCCUGGAAGCUUACCGAACUGUCUGCCUGCUUUACAUGCAUCCUGACCAGGAGCCGCAUCCCCACAAUAGCCCUGUCCGGACCAGUGUUCGCUUCCAUAUUCUGCAGAUGCUCAAGGAGCGCCUGUGUUUUGACCCUGAGUUUUGGAACCUCCUGACCCUCAGGACCCAUUGCUUGGAGUUGAUUAGUGACAAGGCCAUGAAGGCUGCUGUUCUCAGUGAGAUAAAGGAGGAAGAGGAGAAGGAAUACAGUGAAGAGCUGUUAAUAAACCGGUGUAUAAAUGACUCAUGCACUCAAGGUUUCAAUUCCUGCCAGUGCACUGAAGCUGCUUUUGUGAACCAAGACCUCCUAGAGGAGCAGACUGUGGAUGGAAAGACAGAAAAGUGUGUUGACCCAUCAAACCAUGCUCUUCCGAAGAGGAGAAAAUGGAGGAAAAGCCUGCGAAGGAGAAACCAAUCUAUGUCUGACGAUGAGGCUGACCUUGGUGAUGAUCCAGAGAUCAAAUACAAUCUCAAAUCCACCUCUUUAGGCAAUAAGCCUGUGUAUUCACUAAGACACAAUAUCACUAACAUGGAGAGUUCAACUUCUGUAAAAGGCCCCCUAACCCGCAAGAGAGAAUACUUGUCUAGAUAUGUGAAGAGCCAAAUUUUGAAAAGGAAGGGUCAGAAGAAAAGAUGGUUGCAGGGUGUUCCCAGGCUGGAGCAGGUGCAGACCAUUAAAGAGAAGAAGGUGAAAGUUAAAGAGAAGAAGGUGAAAGUUAAAGGGAAAAAACGGGGACGGAAGCCUUUACAGAAACUGGAACUCUCCUACCCUGAUAAUGAAAUGUCCCUUACAGAGGAAGAGUCUGGUUUCGAAGAGAUAACUGACACAGAAGACAAGGAACUGGAUAUGCCUCACCUGGAGAAUGAACUUGAACAAAUGAGCAAACCGAAAGAGAAUCAUUGUGAGCAAAUGGAUGAUCUUGAGAAGGAAAAUGGACUUGAGAAACAUCCUGACCUUGUCUGUGGUAGCAGUCUCAAUGAACAAACCCAAAUGGAAUCUCAAACACAGUUCUGUGAAGGUCUUCCCUGUGAACCUCAAGCUGCUGUUCCUGCUGUUGAAGCUGAUCCUGAACUUGAUGGUCCGCCCUUAGACUUAUUGGAUUGUCCAACAAUGUUACACAGCUACUCUCUUAAGUCCAAAAAGCCUGAUGGUGAGAAACUGCAUCCUGCAGAAUCCUUGGCACCAAAUGAGGUUAAUGGCGACUCGGGACAGGAGCCCAAACCCACAGUACAAACAGAAGUGUCAAACACUGAGGUAAAAGCCAAGAGAACGUGGAAGGACCGAGUACUCCGUACUCAAAAGUAUGCCCACUUGAUGUACCACUGCAACUUCUGCCGCAAAGACUAUAAAGGCCUGAAUGUUAUGAGGCAUGCUCUCUCACACCUUAAAAGUAGAAAACUAAAAUGUAUACUCUGUGGAAAACGCUUCAAACAGUUCUCUUUUGCCGAAAAGCACGUCCUGGACCACAUUGAUGAAAUGUGCAGGCAGAAGCCCCCUGAUAAGGAGCCUCGCAUCCAGGACACUCCAGCUGCUAAUGGAAUUGUAGAUAAUAUGAAAAAACUGAGCCAGCCUCAGGAUGAAAUUCAGACUCCCAUUUCGGAUGAGAAAACUCCCGAACAGAAACCCGGAGGCAAAACCAAAGUGUCGAGCCUCAAGAGGGAAGAUCGAAUCAUCAGGAACCUCCGCACCCUCAUCAAAAAGACAUCUGUGCUUCACAAAAAGUGCAAGAACCCUGACGCUAAUAUAUUCAAGCAGGUAGACUUCAAGGAUGAGCAGGUAGUCAUUAAAGAUGGCCUGGUGAUUGUAAAAGAUACAUCUGUGAUGGUGAAGGAGAAAGAAGGAGAAGGGGAGGAGAAGCCGGCAGGAGAAAAUGGCUACGGUGUGGACAUCACGUAUCACCUGUGCCCCUCAGAAUCCUGUGAUAGAGUAUUCUUGAGGAUCAGCACCACACUAACAAAGCAUGCCAUCAAAUGCCACAUUAACGAAGAGAAGGUGCUGGAGAAGACUUUUGUGUGGGCCAAACACAAGUGCAGCAUAUGCUUUAGGCAGAUACAGGUCCUCCAGCAUUACAAGGACCACAUGAAGCUCCACAAUACUGCUCUCCAGCACUUCUGCUACCACCUGGAGUGUACCCAGCGCUUUUUGACGCUGCAGGAAUUAAAGGACCAUGUCAGAACUCAUCAGCCCUUCAGACCUCAGUGUUCGGUCACAGACUGUGAGAAGCUAUUCUCGACCCUUCAAGGUCUCUAUGACCACGAAUGGAGACACUACAUCCCAGCGCCUCAAAGGGAGGAGCUAGAGAUGGGACUCAGCAGACAGAUGAAGCAAAAUCCCGAAGCUCCGUGGAAGCAGAGAAUGAAGGUUGAGGAGAUAUGGCUGCAGAAUAAAACGGAGCCGCGGCAGAGUCCGGCCCUUGACCGUGGCGUGGCCUAUGGUAUCGAGGAUUUGAACGUAAUUGUAAAACCUGAAGAUCAGCUUUGUGAAGUCUCAGGCAGUAAUCAAAACCUGUCUAUACCUGAACACUGUGUGAAAACUGAGAACACAGUCACUCGUGAGCCCACGGAUGAGAGCGUAGCCGCCAUUAACGGACAUGAGGCCGAGACGAGAAACCAGGCGUCAGAGGGGAAGAUCUCCACUUCCCGAACAGGGAAUGCUGCAGCAGCUCCAAGUAAGAGCUGUCGAAAAAGAAAGCCCAUCGAGUGGGACCCCUUGAAUGUCCGAGACCCUGAGGAUUUGUCCACUAUAUCUGAGGGAGUGCAGCAGAAACUGGGAGAGCCACACAUCACUGAGCACAAAACCUUCAAACCUGAAGAUCCAUCCUACGCGACUUUCAUCAAGGCCCCCUUCAUCCGGCCGCCGCCCUCCACCUACCUGGAUGAAUCUCGGCUCUCAAUGCGCAAAAGGAGGUCCACCGAUGAGGCUUCGCCGAGGAAAAAUGCUUACUGGAGCAAUAAGAAAAAGAUGGAGCCUGUCCCAGAAAAGCAGCAGGUGGAAAAUGUGGCCUCUGCGCAGAAGAUGAGGCAGCGCUGUGACAAAUGUCUGUCCUCCUUCAGCAGCUUAGAAGAGUUAGAGAAACACCAAGCCCUUAACACCUGCUCUGCACUCUUCGGCUUUGAUUCCGACGAUGAAAGUUAGGAAGAGGAGCUGUAACCGGGGUGACAACUGAACUCAUGAAAA